UCACUAAAAUUGACUCCCUUUUCUACCCAGACUGGUUAAACGUACUACAAUUCCUAUCUUUCCCUUAUCUCCCUUCUUUUUCCCAUAAAAUCAUAGAUAGAUGGUAAUUUCUUUUCUUUUUUUCAUAUUAACCACUUCAACGGCCCUGAUUAACUGGGUUUCUAAAGCUCUUUAUCUUCUUCAUCUGCCGUCUAGAUUCUGAACUGCCUUUCACUUUGCUUGGAGAAAAAAACAUGGGUGCUUUGAAAUUCUUUGUAUCUCCACUUCUUCUGUUAGUUGUUGUUGAUGGUGUUUUGCCAAUAGCAGAAUCCAAGACGUUCUGGGGAGAUAUGCAAGUGUUGAAACAACUCAAAAAUGGAGUCGAGCCUAACUCGGUGAGUCCUGGUUCUUGUUUGAGUUCUUGGGAUUUCACGGUAGACCCAUGCGACAGUCUCUUCAGUGAAAGAUUCACCUGUGGUUUCAGGUGCGACGUUGUUGUCUCUGGGUUGAGUCGAGUCACGGAGGUUAGUUUUGACUCGGCUGGUUAUGCCGGUUCUCUCUAUUCCACUUCCUGGAACUUGCCUUACUUACAAACCCUUGACCUCUCCAACAAUUUCUUUUCCGGCUGGAUUCCGGGUUCACUCUCCAACCUGACUCGGUUAACUCGACUCGGUCUUUCGAGGAAUGCAUUCUCCGGUGAGAUACCUGCCUCGAUUGGGUCAUUGUUUAGCCUUGAAGAACUGUACCUCGAUAACAACAACCUACAGGGCCCUAUUCCCACGAGUUUCAAUGGUCUGGUUAGCUUGAAAAGACUCGAAAUUCAAUCAAACAACAUCUCUGGUGAGUUCCCCGAGCUGGGUUUACUCAAAAACCUGUAUUUUCUUGAUGCAAGUAAAAAUGCCAUCUCUGGGUAUCUCCCCACAACAUUGCCACCUUCUCUAGUCCAAAUUUCCAUGAGAGACAACAUGAUUGAAGGCACAAUUCCUCAAAGUCUUAAAUAUUUGAGCUUUCUGCAAGUGUUAGACCUUAGUCAAAACAAACUCGCCGGCUUAGUCCCUUAUUUUCUCUUUACCCACCCAUCUCUCCAGCAACUCACUCUCGCAUUCAACUCCUUUGAUUCUUUACAAUCUCCCUCUAAUCUAGGCACCCAAAGUGUGCUCAUUGCGGUCGACUUGAGCAAUAACGAGCUCCAAGGCUGGUUACCUCCUUUCUUGCCAUUAAUGCCAAAGCUGUCAGCUUUAUCGCUGGAAAACAAUAAGCUUUCCGGUAUGAUCCCGGCCCAAUACGCACUGAAAGCGGUUCUGCCCGGAUCCGGAAUUGCCCCGUUUGCGAGGCUGUUGCUCGGAGGGAACUACUUGUUCGGACCAAUUCCGGGGCCGUUGCUGGUAAUGAAACCUGACACUGCAAAUGUCAGCCUUGCCGACAACUGCUUGAUCAGGUGUCCGUUGCGUUUCUUUUUUUGCCAAGGUGCUGACCAGAAAUCUUUGAUGGAAUGCGUGACUUUUGGCCCUGUAAUCCCUUGAACCAUGCAUGUAAUUCAACGAUGUUUUCUUUUCUUUUCUUUUUCCGGUUGAAACAUUCGUGUGUUUCUUUCUUGUGUAAAAUUCUUUCUC